AUGUACGGCAAGGGUUCUAAUCUCAGGAAUACCUGCAAACAGUUACCAGGAAAUUCUUCAUCAUUUGGUUCAAAACUUCCUUUGCAAACAGGUUUUGAUUUAAGCCACCAAUAUAAUACAAGGGAUCAAGUAGGGGUCUUCCCAGACUGGCGUAAGAAUAUUGCAAUCAUUCAUGAGCGUAAUUUGAUUAGAAAUAAAAUGUCCGGAAUUCAUUAUAAAAAAGAACAGGCAUUCGUUAUUGCAAAUGCUCUGGAAAACGAGCUAUUUAUCGAAGCUUCUUCACAGGAAGAGUACAUGAAUGAGAAUACAUUGAUAGAACGAAUGGAUAGUAAACUGAAAAAGUUAACAGAGACAAAAUGCAGGGAACAAGCAGAUAGUUAUACUAUUUAUACAUCCAAGACGCUGCCCCCUUCUGGUUUACCACAACCUGCUUUUCAGAAAGUGUACAUCAAUAAAUCACCUAACUUUUCUGUUUCUGCUUGGCAACAACCAGAAUCUUCACUCCUGUUUAAUUAUUCUAAUGUUUCAGAGUGCAAUUUUAAACAAUUUCCAAUGCCUGAUUCGAUCAGUAAUACUGAGAUAAAGAACAAUGUGAUAGAUGAUGCAUUUGGGAAUAUUUCUAAGGAUGAAACAAUUCUCUCUAAAGACUUAGACACUGAUCACAUGUCAGAAGAACCAGACCCCAAAAUCAAUGAUGGGAAAGUCAGCAGAAACCUAGAGGAAACUGUCACUAGAUCUCAUUCCGUUGUGUAUGCUCUCAAAGAUCUUAUGUCUGCAAAUAUAGAGGAAAUUGUUCCCAUUAGCGAUCAUGUGAAAGACAUAAGAAACUUAGAGCAAGGGAAGGAAGAUCAUGUGAAAGACAUCAGCAACUUAGAGCAAGGGAAGGAAGCGGAGUCCCCAAAUCCAACAGUUAAUACUGUUUCUCUAACUGAUUUUUUUACAUGUGAUCAAAUAAUGGAACACAUUGCAAGUCUGAGAAAGCAAUUUAAUCAGAGUGCAAAGAUUGAAGAACAAGGAGUUGAUGUUUACAAAUGCCAGUUAUGUGAAAUUGGAACACUUCCUUUUGCCCCCGUGCCAAUUUAUUGCUUUUGUUGCGGCAUCCGUAUAAAGCGAAACUCAUACUAUUACUAUAGAAGAGAAGAAGAUGAUACACAACCUUGCUUUUGCACUGUGUGUUAUAGGAAUUCUCGAGGGGGUAACAUCACAUUCAAUGGGACGUCUGUUUCCAAGACAGAUCUUUAUAAAAAGACAAAUAAUGGAGAAUUUGAAGAAGCAUGGGUUGAAUGUAAUAAAUGCAAAAGUUGGCAGCAUCAAAUAUGUGCACUCUAUAACGAUAAAAGAGAUUUGGACAACAGUGUUGAGUAUACGUGUCCUAUAUGCCGCUUAAAGGAAAUUGAAAAUGGAAUGCAUGUACCCUUACCAAAGAAUGCUAUGUUUGGUGCUAAGGACUUGCCAAGCACCAUGCUAAGUGACCACAUAGAGAGGCGACUUUUUAAGCGUCUCAUGCAAGAGAGUGAAGAUUGGGCAAAGGUCGAAGGGAAUAAGAAUCUUGACGAGGUUUUAUUAGCAGAAAAUCUUUCUGUUAGAGUAGUGUUAUCUGUCGAGAAACAAUUGAAAGUGAAGAAACAGUUUCUGGACAUAUUUGUGGAGGAGAAUUACCCAGCCGAGUUUCCUUAUACAUCAAAAGUUAUUCUUCUGUUUCAGCAGAUUGAAGGUGUAGAUGUAUGCCUUUUCGCAAUGUAUGUCCAGGAGUUUGGAUCCGAAUGUGGCAAUCCAAAUAAGCGUAGUGUGUAUAUUUCAUAUCUUGAUUCUGUCAAGUAUUUUCGGCCCCAAAGAGCGACCAUGAAUGGAGAAGCUCUUCGUACCUUCGUUUACCAUGAGAUAUUGAUUGGAUAUCUAGAUUUUUGCAAGAAACGUGGUUUCAAAACUUGCUAUAUAUGGGCCUGUCCACCUAUAAAGGGGGAAGAUUAUAUACUAUAUUGCCAUCCUGACACUCAAAAAACUCCGAAGAAUGAUAAACUUCGGCACUGGUAUCUUUCAAUGCUAAGAAAGGCUGCCGAAGAAAAUAUCGUUGUUGGUUUAACUAACAUAUACGAUAAUUUCUUUGUUUCUACAAGAAAUUGGAACUCCAAAGUAACAGCUGCUCAUUUGCCUUACUUUGAUGGAGACUUCUGGUCAGGUGCUGCUAUGGAUAAAGCCAGGAUCAUUGAUCAAGAGUGUGGAGGAGAUUAUGAAAAGAUGAAGAAACUAAUGACGAAAAGAACUUUGAAGACUAUGGGACAUGUAAAUCCUUCAAAAGGAACUGCCAAAGACAUUCUAGUCAUGCAAAAGCUGGGACAAACCAUAUUGCCAUUCAAGGAAGAUUUCAUCGUAGUUCAAUUACAGUAUGUUUGCAUGCACUGCCAUGAAGUGAUAAUGUCUGGGAAGCGAUGGUUUUGCACUGCCACUGAAUGCAAGACAUUUCAGGAGUGUCAAAGAUGCCAUACUGCUAACUCACACACCUCUCGCAACGGUGAGAAACAUACACUUCGUCAGGUCUUCAUGGAUGAUAUCCUUUGUGAUACAAAGGAGAAUGAUGUGAUCCUUGACAAUGGGUUAUUUGACACCAGGCAUAACCUUUUGAGUUUUUGUCAAAGGAAUAGCUUACAGUUUGACUCACUCCGCCGAGCCAAGUAUUCCUCAAUGAUGAUCCUCUAUUUUCUAAAGAAUCCUAAUUUGCUGAAUGUUGGAACAAUAUGUCGCGUUUGCAAUAAACAAAACGUAUACCAGUGCCACUGGAAAUGUCAGAAUUGCCCAGAGUUCACUGUCUGCUCUGCAUGCUAUAACAAGAAAGGUGCUAAUUGCCAUGCACACACGUUGACUCAAACUUUUUCAACAGCACUGAGUCCUUCGGGGAAUCAAGAGUUGAAUCAGAACUCGGCACUGGAACUGCAGGAUGUUAUAAAGCAUGCAUCUCAGUGUCACUCAACAAAAACUCAACCAUGCACAUAUCCACAUUGCCUUCAACUUAAAAAGCUGUUCUCUCAUGCAAGUAGGUGCACCAUUCGAGUUUCUGGGGGAUGCCAAUAUUGUAAGAAGGUUUGGGUGGCACUAUCUGUACACUCAAGGAAUUGUAGAGACUCAGGAUGUCAAAUCCCCCGUUGCAUGGAUCUGAAGAAGCAUGCAGAAUGGAUAGCAACGCAGUCUGAAUCGCGGCGUAGAGCUGCAGUUUUGGAGGCGACAGCAAACUCUCACCCUCAUUGA